GCCGUUCGCGGCAACUAUUUGAUUGUCACUCGAGCACUACAGUACUUAGGCGAAGCCAGGCUCCAAGAGUGAUUACGCGUUCACUGGGAUUACGAAACUGUGCGCCUUCAGGAGGGUUUGGAAGCGGGAACCUCAGAGGAAUCUCUAUCCCCGUGAAGUCCUCACUGGACAGAGUGGAAAAGAAAACCUUACUGACUUUCAAAUAUAGUGCCACCUUACUAACAUGGCCGUGGGAUACUGAUAAAUGCACCCUAGAAGCAACGCAGGGGAACUUCCUCGAACGCUCCGUGGCGGCGGGAACUCACAUCGAAGACGAAUGGCGCGUCUCGGAAAGGCGGGGCGGGCGAGCUUCAGAAGGGUCGAAAAGGCGAUCCGGGAGGGCUGCGGGAGAUUUCAGAAGGCGGUCGCUGUCGCGUGCAUCGAGACAGCCCGCGCCGCGGAGCGUGUGCGAUGCGUGGCGUCCACGUUCUUGUCGUCCGCGGGCUUGAAGCGCGCCCGCCGCCGUCGUUCCGCCGCGGCAUCCUCCGCCGUUCCCCGUGUUUUCCCCGCAGUCGCCGCUCCCCCUGCCUCCCCCGGCGCGUACUGCGCAAACCACCACCCUCCGCCUCCCGCAGCGGCAUCAUCGUCGGAGCGCAUAUGGCGCACGAGGCUGCGAGGCCUUCCGAAUCCUUUCCCCGCAGCCCGCUCUGAAACAAAACCAUUUCGCUGGCGUUUCUCUUUCCGCCAGGGAAGCGCCAGCCGCGGCAAGAGAGGCCAGAAGGCGCCAUGGCUGCGAACUCCGCCCUUCUCGUCCGGCACUUCGUCCGGCGCCCCCGCCGCCUGCUGCGCCGCCUCCUCUUCCGCCGCUGCCUCUUCCGCCGCUGCCUCUUCCGCCGCCUGCUCCUCUACCCCCGUUGCCCCAUUGGAUGACUCUUCCUCUGUCGCUUCCUCCGCUUCCUCCGCCGCCUCCGCCUCCCCCGCCGCCUCCUCCGCUAACUCCGCCGGCGCUAACCAGCCCGCGUCUUCCACGUCACCCACCGUCUCCACGUGCUCCUCAUUGGCUAAAAACGCCUCCUCGCCUUCCCCCUAUGCUCCGCCAUCUUUAUAUCCCGCCAAUAGUACUAGCGCUGACUUGCGCGCCGACCGCGCACCCGCCGCCGCUUCCUCCUUUAGCAGUCCCCCACACGCUCCGCGUGCUUCCGUAGAGGCCGCUUCUCUCGGCCAAUCUCACGCCGACGCUCACGCCGCUUCUUUUGCCGAUUGUCACGCCGUUAAUCACGCCGAGGCUCACGCAACGCGCUCCUCGUCGUGGAAGCGCGCCAUGUCGAUAGCGAUCCCCGCAUGCGACGGCGGCGACGAGGCGCAGGGGGCGGGGGAAGAGGUGGGGGAGGAGACGCGUGAAAAGGCGGGGAAAGGGGGGGAUAAAAGGGCAGAGCCGGUAGCGGGAGAAGCGGCGGAAGAUGCGGAAAUGGCGGAGUGGAAUGGCGGAAGAAGCGACGCGGACUCUGCGGUGGACAUCGAUUUGCUGUGGGAGGCAGCGGCGGAGGCGGAGCUCCAGGCGGAAGAGCAUGCGGCUACGGCGGCGGCCGCGGCGGCGGCUGGGGGGAAGCGAUGGCGAGGGAUGAGGAAAGCAGUAACGCCUAGGUCUAUCGUGGUGACGCCGCCUAGGUCAGAUGUAGUAGUAACGCCUAGGUCGACUGAAACUCCGAGAUCUGCUAAAACAUUGAGAUCUGAUUUUCCUACCGCUACGCAAGGAGCGCAAACAUCGCAACUCACGCCGAGGGGGUUCGCUUUGGACUCGAAAAUGGGCUGGGGCGCGCUGGCGGAAAGUGCGGAGAGGGCGGAGAGAGCGGGGGGGAGUAACGGAAAUAAUGUUUCCCCCGCCGCCGCUAGUCCCCGACCUCCAACCACGCCUAGGUUUUUCUCCGCUCUCCGCGCGUCGUUCAGGCGCUCUGCCCCUGACGCUGCGACUGUGGUAGUCGCGGGUUCGAAUCCCAGCAGCGCAACUCCCGUUCUUACUAUCACAGCCACAUCAGUUGAUCCAGGCCAAAACCUAGCAGCAAAUCCCGCUCGUGAGGUUGCUUCGCCUACCGGUAAUACCCCAUAUGAGCAUCAUCGCGAUACUGUUGGGUGCAGCAACGUUCACUGUAGAAGAAGCACUUGCACCAUCCUAUCUACACCCCAUAACAGCCUCGCAUCUUCCAAAAGUGCCGAAGGCAAUGCCACUGGAUCCAUCUCCAACCGUUAUUUUUCUGAUUCUGUGUCAUCUUCCACCAUUUCCUCACCCUCCAUCACUCCCUCCCUUCGCGUACGCCGAGGCCUAACCCCCCUCGAAAAUCCUGGCACCGAGAAACGGAAGCCACGCCAAGCAAGGCAGCUGAAGCUGCAGGCUCAGAAUGGCGCCAGCGCACCUGACUUCCGGGCUUUCGAGUUAGCUCAAGCUUCAUCCAGCCAACGCAGCAGCAUGGUGCCUGAGCUGUUAUCUUCACCUAGCCUACGCAGCCACGUGGCGCAUGACCUGUCAUCUUCCUCCAACGUCCACAGCAGCAGCAAGGCGCCGGAGCUGUCAUGGGAUCAGCUGUCUGCGUUUGCAGCAGGCAAGCUGGAAAGGGGGAGGCCUGGGAUAAAUGGGGGCCAAGGAAUGGGUGUGGUAGAGUGGAGUGUGGUGGAGGGAGGGAUGGCAGAGGGACGUGUGGUGGAGAGGGGUGGGGUAGAGUGGGGUGUGGUGGAGGGAGAUGCAGAGGAUUAUCUAGAUAGCCCUGCGGUGGUGCCUGCUCGCUCCUGCUGUGGGUUUGGACGGUACCCAGCACAGCAGGACCGGCAACAGCUGUGGCACUCGCAGCAGCAGGAGAAGGCGUGGCAAAAGCAACAGCAACAGCAGCAGCAGCAGCAGCAGGGGCAGCAGGAGGAGGAGGACAGGGAGCAGCAGGGGCAGGAAGCGGCGGCGGAGGAGGAGGAAGAGCAGGAGUGGUUUCAGGUUGAAAAACAACCUGGCUGUGCUGCAGCAGUGAUGUGCUGCGUGCCGUUUUCAGUGAGUCGGAGAAGUGGCGGCCCCUCCUGUAGUGGCAGGAAUCCCAGCAGAAGGAGUGAGAGCAGCAACAGACAACCCAGCAGCAGGAGUGAGGGCAGGAGCAGGCAACUCCACAAAUCCCACAGCUUCAACAAUUUGCAAGUGUGCGUGCAUCACAGCAGCAACACUAGACAGUUCAGUAGGAGCAAUAGCAGCAGCAGCAACAACAGCAACAGCAGCGUGAGCAGCAGCAACUGGCUUCUUGCGAGAACCGAGCACACUAGCGAUUCCGAAUCCGUACAAGGCAUCUCAGGGGCACUGUGCUGCGUGCCGUUUUCAGUGAGCCGGACUGGGAGGAAAACCGAUGCAUCGUCUGCAGAUUCCAAGGCGCGCCCAAGUGGGCCGGCAACACCGAGGGGAGCAGGGAGCGGUCGAUUGGAGAGAGCGGGGAGUGGCGGAGCAGCCACUGUGGUGCGAUAUGUGCCUAGAUUUGCGAGGCACAGGCAGCAGAGCUCUGUAGUGAGGGGACUGGCCAGAGGGAUGGUUGGUGACCUGGUGGGGGUGAAAGUGACGGGUGAGGCUGUGAUGCCAUGAUAGAACACGAGAAGCCAUGUACCGAUCUAUAGUUGGAGAUUCGUGCGCGGAAUUUGCGAUUCGGUGAUGCGCACACCUGUGCUUCUAUGUGAUGUUACAAUUGGCGGCUUCUGCAAACCUCGAAACAAAUACCGCAUCCUCCUGGAUAGGCGCCCCCCCGGGGGAUAGGACCCUGAGUCCUUCAAUCAGCUAAUAGGGCUUAUGCGCAUAAUUUGAUUAUAAGACCCACCUGUCAACUUAUAAUUUGUACCUAUAUGUUAUAGGCUAUCUAGGUGCAUGCUCAUAUGGAGUGCAACCCCUUAGGUU